GAUGAUAUAUUGGUUAUGCUCAUUCCUCUGCAAUUGAAUUUCAAGAACUACCCGAGAGCCAAAUAAGGCUCUGAGAUGCACUACACGUUAUUUGGGCUUAUGCUUUUUGGCGGAGAGAUUGAGUGGGAGAAAGAGCGAUAAUUCCUCACUCAAAUACCAUACAAUUAAUUUUAGAUUAUCUUGCCAUUUCAAUUUCAAUCUCAUUCCAUUCUCAUUCCAUUCAAUUUAUUAUCUCCCUGAACUUUGCAACAUCUUAUUGAAUGUAAUUUAUUACAAUUUCCAAACGGUUAAUUUAUGAUUUACUUCCAAAUAUUAAUUAAGUCAUUGAUUAAAUACAUUUGAAUGUGUAGUGUGAGAGUUAGGCUCAGGUCAGUCAGAGAGAAAGAGGGAGAUUCGAUCACAGUCAUGGCUGCUACUACUGAGACAAAAGAAGAUGCCGCGGAGGAGGUGGAGGCUGUUUCCUCCGUGAAAUGCUAUUGCUGCGGGUUGACGGAGGAGUGUACCCCGCAGUACAUCGAAGGUGUGCGGGCGAGGUACCAAGGUCGUUGGAUUUGUGGGCUGUGCGCUGAGGCGGUGAAGGAUGAGACUUUGAAGUCACUGGAGAGAGAUAUAAGCACCGAUGAAGCUCUCAAGCGGCACAUGAGCUUCAGAUCUUCCUCUUUUAGCCGUUCUACUAAACCCACCCAUGAUUUGAUUGUUGCAAUGAAACAUCUCUUACUUCGCUCUUUGGAUUCUCCCAGGAAGCAACCUUUGACUAAUCGACCACUUGGUAGAUCUCAGAGCUGCUUUGCAACCGUGAACAUGAAAGCCACAACACAGGCUGAAAGGUAGAGAGACUAGAGAGGUAAUUACCUCUGAAUGAUGGAUUACUGACUUAGUCAGUGAAUUUGAUUUGGCAGGCUUAAGAUUUAAUUAUUCAAGUUUAUGUUUUCUAAUAAUCAGGAUUAAGGUUUAUUUCUGGCAUUUGUGAUUGAAUGGAUGAUUGUUGGGAGGACUCUUCUUCCUUACUUGACUUCAAUCUAAAUGUGAUGUCACUUCUGUUUGAUUCAUUA